AUGUCAAAUGACAACGUAGUCAGAAACUUUCGAGCGUCAACUAUCCCUUGCGAUCAACCUGGUUAUCCGGUGACUCGGAUUGUUGUUUGUGGUGAUUUCUGUUUCCAAAUCAUGGGGUAUCAUCUCAUCAUCAGCAUCUGCACCAGGCCCUCCUCGGUUGUCUUGGCCAAUGAAUUCUCGUCGUCGUCGUCGUCGUCGUCGUCGUCGCUUUCAUCUGCCUCGCUCCCAAUGGCAAUGGAAUGGUGUGAAAAGCUGCACAAUAGAGCUCUCAUGAUGAGCAAACAUGCAAUACAGGAGGGUUGCGAAUGA